UUCAUCCGGCCGCGCUGCCUGUUUCGUCUCCGGCCAAGAAAACGAGGGAGAAGAUGCGCGCGCGGCGGCGGCGGCCCGAGCAGUCGGGCCCCCGAGAACCCCGGGGCGCUCGGUUGUUCCGCUGAUGCGCGCCAAGGGGCAGGGGGCCCCGCCAGGCCCGUCUCGAAGCCACCGCAAGUGAGGAACGAGGAAGGCACAGGAGAACCGGAAACCUCCCGGACCAUGAGAUUCCGCAUCUACAAGCGCAAAGUGGUGGCGCUGCUGCUGGUCUUGGGCGCCGCCGCCUGUGCCUUGGUGCUUUGGGGAGGGACAGGCGAGGCCGCCGGCAGCAGCAGCGGCAGCAGCAACAACAACAAACGGGAAGAAGCCGCGUCUCCGCCGCCGCUCCCAGGAGAUCGACCGUUGCCGCCGGCGGUUAGCAGCAGCAGCAGCCGCCUUCCAGUUAAUCACGGACCUCACUCCAAUUCUUCUUCGAUAUCGCGGGAAGAGGCGGCGACGGGACUGAAUCGCACCCUGCACUACCGGUCUCUGGUCUACCGGCUCAACUUCGACCAGCCGGUUCGCAACGAGGCGAGCUGGCGGCCUGGCGGGGGCGGCCCCGGAGAAGUGGCCGUGGCGCUGGUGGUGCAGGUGCAUGAGCGCGCCGAGCACCUCCGCAUCCUGUUGGACUCGCUGCGACGCGCGCCCGGCGUGGAAAAAGUGCUCCUCGUGCUUAGCCACGACGUGUGGUCCGCCGAGUUGAAUGCGCUGGCCGCUUCCGUGGACUUCUGCGCCGUCCUGCAGAUUUUCUUCCCGUUCAGCUUGCAGCUCUAUCCGGGCGAAUUCCCAGGCACGGACCCACGCGAUUGUCCGCGCGACGUGGGCCAAGCGGCGGCGCUGCGCUCGGGCUGCCUCAACGCUCAUUACCCCGAUGCCUUUGGCCAUUACCGGGAGUCUCGUUUUACCCAAACCAAACACCACUGGUGGUGGAAGCUUCACUUUGUGUGGGAGAGAGUGCGUGCUCUGAGGGAACACCCAGGCUUGGUGGUCUUCUUGGAGGAGGACCACUACUUGGCACCUGACUUCUACCAUGUCCUGCAACGCCUCUGGGCCUUGAGGCAGCGGGACUGCCCUGAGUGCCAGUUGCUGUCCUUGGGCACUUAUGCCACUGUGCGCGGCAGCUUUGCCGGCCGAGCUGACAAGGUGGAAUUGAAGACAUGGAAGUCCACAGAGCACAACAUGGGCAUGGUGUUGGCUAGGGACACAUACCAACAACUGAUUGCCUGCACUGAUGCCUUCUGCACCUAUGAUGACUAUAACUGGGACUGGACCCUGCAGCAUUUGACUGUAGGAUGCCUUCCUCAUUUUUGGAAGGUGCUGGUUCCAGAGAUCCCCCGAAUCUUCCACACUGGUGACUGUGGUAUGCACCACAAAAAAUCUUGCCAACCCUCUGUUCAGAGUGCCAAAAUUGACUCGCUGUUAAGUAGCAAUCAACAAUACUUAUUUCCUGAAACCUUAACUAUUAGCAAGCGGUACUCAAUGACCCCUUUGAGCCCCCAUGUGAAAAACGGGGGUUGGGGUGAUAUUCGAGAUCACGAACUCUGUAAAAGUUACCGAAGAUUACAGUGAAAGAAGGAACAUUGAGUCUUUGUCUCUGUUGGACUGAUACACAAACAUAAAUACUUGGAAUUUGCUUCUAGUUUAAUAUGGACAUCGAUGAUUGCAGAAGAUUUCAUUUGGUAAUUAAUUUUGGACACUGAAUAAUUAUGUCGAGCAAUGCUCAAAAUAAAAACUAUAAAUGUCUACUUGUUUACUGGAAAUAAGAGAGGUUUUUUUUACAACAGAUCUAGUCCCUUUUAUAAAAUAUUCCCAACAUCUUCAAACUUGUUUUAACAAAGAUAAACAUUGUAGAUGCAAUUGUAUCUAUGGGGGCCCUGUCAGUCUUUUGCUCUUCAAUGGUCACAUGUUUUCAAAAGUUAGCUUUUAAGUUUGUUUUGUAACUUACUUCACCCGCUCCCCCUUUAUCUUUACAGUAUGAUCCUCUGAUUACUCAGUAUUCCAUUUCUAUAACCUUUUACUGGCUUGCUUGAAAUUUGAUACCUUAAUACCUGCAAAAAGCAUUAUCUUAUUUUCUAUGUGCUUAUGUGAGAAAAAAAAUGAAAUUGGUUUCUUUUAAUGUAGAAUUAUGCAGCUUUUUUAAUUACGCCAAAAUAAAAAAAUCAUGUUUUUGUAAUACAA